AUGUCGCAGCAGAAGAAAUUCAUUUUCCAGGUCGAAGAAGGUAGAGAAGGUAGCGAUGGAAGACCUUCUGUCGGGCCUGUGUACCGGAGUAUCUUCGCCAAGGACGGUUUCCCUGAGCCGAUCGAAGGAAUGGAUAGUUGCUGGGAUGUUUUCCGCAUGUCUGUUGAGAAAUAUCCGAAUAAUCCAAUGCUGGGCCGCCGUGAGAUCGUGGACGGAAAGCCGGGAAAGUAUGUAUGGCAAACAUACCAAGAAGUCUACGACAUUGUCAUAAAACUCGGAAACUCUCUCCGAAGCUGUGGAGUUAAGGAGGAAGCAAAAUGUGGAAUCUAUGGUGCCAAUACUCCCGAGUGGAUCAUAAGCAUGGAGGCAUGUAAUGCACAUGGACUCUAUUGUGUACCUUUAUAUGAUACACUUGGAGCUGGUGCUAUUGAAUUCAUUAUUACCCAUUCUGAGGUUUCAAUUGUCUUUGUGGAAGAGAAGAAGAUCUCUGAGUUGUUUAAGACAUGCCCAAAGGCGACAGAGUACAUGAAGACUGUUGUGAGCUUUGGUGGUGUCAAACCUGAACAUAAAGAAGAAGCUGAAAAUUUUGGCUUGGUUAUCUAUGCUUGGGAUGAAUUUUUGAAGCUGGGCGAAGGAAAGCAAUAUGAUCUUCCCAUCAAAAAGAAAAGUGAUAUUUGCACGAUUAUGUAUACUAGUGGAACCACUGGUGACCCAAAGGGAGUGAUGAUUUCUAACGAAAGCAUUGUUACUCUAAUUGCUGGAGUGAUCCGUCUACUGAAAAGCGCUAACGUAGCGUUGUCUGCGGAAGAUGUGUUUCUUUCUUAUCUUCCGCUUGCGCACAUCUUUGACCGAGUUAUCGAGGAGUGUCUUCAGCAGAAGCUUGCCGCUGGUGGAUUCUUCAAAAAGUUUUUGUUUGAUUCUGCUUUUUCCUAUAAAUUUGGGCAUAUGAAGAAGGGACAGUCUCAUGUGGAGGCCUCUCCAUUAUCUGACAAACUUGUGUUCAGCAAGGUUAAACAAGGGCUCGGAGGCAAGGUGAGGAUUAUUCUAUCUGGAGCUGCUCCUCUCGCUAGUCACGUCGAGUCAUUUCUAAGAGUGGUGGCUUGCUGUCAUGUUCUUCAAGGAUAUGGUCUAACCGAAAGCUGUGCUGGAACAUUUGUCUCGCUACCAGACGAGCUGGACAUGCUCGGCACAGUUGGUCCACCAGUGCCAAACGUUGAUAUACGCCUUGAAUCUGUCCCCGAGAUGGAGUACGACGCUCUUGCAAGUACCCCACGUGGUGAAAUUUGCAUCCGGGGAAAGACCCUUUUCUCUGGAUACUACAAACGUGAAGACCUCACAAAAGAGGUUCUCAUUGAUGGAUGGCUGCACACAGGUGAUGUUGGUGAGUGGCAACCAAAUGGAAGCAUGAAGAUAAUUGACAGGAAGAAGAAUAUCUUUAAACUCUCACAAGGAGAAUAUGUUGCGGUUGAGAACUUAGAAAACAUCUACGGUGAAGUACAAGCUGUUGAUUCCGUGUGGGUGUACGGAAACAGCUUUGAGUCCUUCCUGGUCGCAGUCGCCAAUCCAAACCAGCAUAUCCUCGAAAAGUGGGCUGCAGAAAACGGUGUGAGCGGUGACUACAGCGAUCUCUGUCAGAACGCAAAGGCAAAGGAGUUCAUACUCGGAGAGCUUGUUAAAAUGGGCAAAGAGAAGAAGAUGAAGGGUUUCGAGAUCAUCAAGGCGGUUCAUCUAGACCCGGUGGCGUUUGACAUGGAACGCGAUCUUCUUACCCCGACCUACAAAAAGAAAAGGCCUCAAUUGCUGAAACACUACCAGAGCGUGAUCGAUGAAAUGUACAAGACCACAAAUGAAAGAUUGGCUUCCAGACAGUAG